UUAGAUAAUAUUUGUCAUAAACAAACGAAAGUGCUACAGUACCGAAAACUUUUCACUUUUCGGAACUAAACAAGGCUUGUGACAUCCUCCACCAAUUAAAUUAUUGUAAACAGUAGUUGUCACACAUACAUUUACUCCCAAAUCAUACUCCUAACCCCACUGGCUUGACAUGAAAACCCAUUUCAACCACUUUUUUAUGAUAAUAAAGAUGUAUGCACCCAGUCAAAUUUGAAUCAGUCCAUCGCCUCCGAGUCUACAAAAGCUAAGAAUCAGAAGAACAUGGUACCUGAUUAUGCGCGAGCAGCUGUUCGUCCCAUCUUCGAAUCCCAUCAGCCAUGCAGGCAGCUCGCAACCGGAAAUCCCCAACCGGCCAUGGAGGUUUCUCUGGCUUCAACAGUGAGUUUCAGACAGAUCCUGGGUUCUCUUGGACUUCUACCUAUACACCUCGUUCCCAUAUGGUCAACAGGAAGGCCAGGAGCUCAGUAUCAUUCCGGGAAAGAGUUACUGAAAUUUUAGGGUCAUGGGCAAACUGCUUCACUCCUCGAUCUGAAAUCAAGGAAGCCCAUGAGAAUCCUCCAAUUGAGCCCCAGGAUGUGUAUGCUAGUCCCAUCUCCAGAAUUUCAUCUACAAGUAGCACAAGCAAUAAUAUACACAAUAUAUCCAGGCAGAGAGGUGAUAGCAGCCAAACAAAGUCCUGGCAAGAGCAGUUCUCGUUUCAGGAAAUUUGCCAGGCUACUUCAAACUUUAGUGAACAAAACAAAAUUGGGUUAGGUAAUUUUGGCACUGUGUAUAAGGCGAAGCUCAGGGAUGGAUCCAUCAUAGCUGUAAAGAGGGCUACUAAGAUGCAUGGUGGGCAUCUAUCUGCAGAGUUUACAAGUGAGAUCCAGAUGCUGUCAAAGGUCGAGCAUUUGAACUUGGUAAAGUUUCUUGGGUACGUGGAAUACGAGGAUGAACGCCUAAUUCUGGUUGAGUACGUCAGUAAUGGAACACUCCGUCAACACUUGGAUGGGUCAAAAGGGGAACCAUUAGAAUUUGCACAGCGUCUCAACAUCGCUAUUGACAUAGUUCAUGCCAUUGCCUACUUACAUGGUUAUACAGAUCAUCCAAUCAUCCACCGUGACAUCAAGUCGUCCAACAUUCUCCUAACAGAGCAACUGCGAGCAAAGGUUGCCGAUUUUGGCUUCGCACGCCUAGCCCCUGAGAACCCUGAAGCGACCCACGUGUCAACGAUAGUAAAGGGGACGGCCGGAUACGUUGACCCUGAGUACCUGCGCACAAGCCAGCUCACCGACCGCAGCGACGUCUACUCCUUCGGCGUCCUCCUCGUCGAGCUCAUCACCGGCCGACGCCCUAUCGAGCGUGGCCGCGGACGCGGGCGCCACCAACGCCUCACCACGGAAUGGGCGCUGCGCAAGUGCAGAGAGGGCUUCGCAGUGGUGGUGAUGGACCCCCGGAUGCGGCGGACCAGCGCUGUCGUGUCGGCGGUGGAGAAGGCGAUGACGCUGGCCGCCGAGUGCACGGCUCCGGAUCGCGCCGCGCGGCCAGCAAUGCGGCGCUGCGCCGAAUUGCUCUGGUCUGUGAGACGCGACCUGCAGCAGGAGCAGCAGCGCGCGGCGGCCGCGAGCGCAGGAGCGAGGCGGCACGAUGGCUCGACGUACGCACCGCCGUCGGUUACGAGUCUGAGGCAGGAAAGGUUCGAGAACUUGAGAUGAUCUGCUGCACGACGUUGAGGACCUGAGGGGGAACACGACGUGGAUUUGAAAUUAGUGCAGCUGUGGAUGUGGAGUGCUCCGCUCCCUCCGUAAAAAGAAAAUAUCUUCUUCGUUUAUGAUCUUAUAGUAUUUAAAUUUUAUUCUAAGUUAUUUGAUCCUCUCAUAUUUUAAUGUAUAUUUUUUCAAUACACAUUUCUCUUUUCAUAAUACAUCUAUUUCUCU